AUGGCGUUGAAGUACUUGAAAAGUUGUAUUGAUGAAGAAAACAUUGAAAUUGACAAAGCUUUAUUUGUGGCGUUUGCUCAAGAGGAAUGUAAGUUAUACAAAAAACCAUGGUACUCUUAUUUUGUGCGUGUGGUGGAUGAAGAUUUAAACGUCAGUGUAAGGCAACUAGAAAUGAAAGUACAGUAUGGAAAUGCGACUGGUCAUUUAUUGGCAAGCAACAUGAGAAAAAUAGUGGAUGAUUACAAUGUUGAUCACAAUAAAAUAUCUGCAUUUGUUGGAGAUGGUGGUGCUAAUGUGAUGGGUGUUAACAAAGGAAUGGCCAUACGAAUGGUGAAUGAAUACAAGGAAGAAGGAGGAUGA